GGGAACGUUACCUCCAGAGAGCAAGGAGGGAGGCUCACAACGCCGGUGUACGUGAGGCUACGCUGAUCUCUGUGACACAUCUUCACCUGUCUGAAGGUUACACACACCGACAGCAUGGCAUCUGUACAGAUGGUCGUUUUUCUUGUGUUCUUACUGACAUCACCUGUGAUCACACAUGGUCAUGAUCAUCACGAUGUCAGGUGCAGACAUGAUCAAUUCAGGUGUGUAACGGUCGCUAAGUGCAUCCCAUACAAGUGGAAGUGCGACGGUGGGAUUGACUGUCCUGACAAAAGUGAUGAGAAGGAAUGUGGUUCCUGGUGGUGGACGGUCGGCGCCAUGUUGGCGGGAGGGGCUCUGACUGUCGUAGCCGCUCCGGUGGCGGUUGCAGGUCUUGGCUUUGGUGCCGCGGGCAUCGGUGCUGGAACUGUGGCAGCAGGAGCCAUGUCCACCGCUGCUACAACAGGAGUGGGAAUGGGGGUCGUGUCUACUCUGCAAGCGGUUGGAGCCACGGGGGCGCUCACCCUGGCACAAAGCGCUGUGGUUGGAGGACUUGGGGCAGGAGUCAGCAAAGUUGUCUGCGACAAGGUCUCCAGCGACAAAGACAAGGGCCAAAACGAUGACAAGGGUGAAAAAGCAGACAAUGGCGAGCCAGAGGACAAGGAUGAAGACGAGGACCAGGGCAAGCGCAAGGACGAGGACAAAGACAACAACUAAAAGUCACUUCAUGUCAUCAAGAGUCUUUGGGUUAUAUUAGCAUUAGCUUUAGUACUAGCAUUAGCACAGGAGCAAUCCCUAUUGUUAUCAAUGUAUUAACGCUAGCUCUCUAUUGCCUCGUGCAAAUCAGGUAGAAUGAAUUUUCGAAAUUGAGGCUUAAUACAUGUUCAUUACUCUGAUUAAGUGCUUUAGUGGUAAUGUAUUUUUUUAACUAUUAGCUGAGUAUCAUUUUCAGGCAGAUACCGACAUAACUUCAGGCUUUUCUCUGUUUAGCUGUGCAUUAGUGUUGACAUGAUUUUCUAAUUGACUGUGAUGCUUUGUUGUGGUAAUUCUCUCAUUGUUUAUAUGCUCUAGUAAAACAGUGAUCACCUA